CGGUAGCCGAUAUUCUUCGGUUAAUGCGUCCUAUUGAUUGUCGAGUUAAAUUACUGUAUAUGCUUUCCAUCGUUGAGCCCAAGCGCUACCGAGCUUUGUUUGCCACGAAGGUGGUUUCGCGUGUGACUUUUCUUUCGUCAUCAGGUGCAGCCUGCGAAAGUGAUUCCAGCUGGUUUAGUCAGGGCACCUUAAAGUACGCUGUUCAAAGAGCAGAUUCAUGAUAUCCUCUCUUACACAAGAAGUUUUGUGGCACUAUCAAAUAUGGACGUUCAACUUUACGUAUAUGACCUCUCAAGAGGCCUCGCGAGACAGUUCUCACGCCAAUUGCUAGGCACUUAUAUAGAUGCCAUCUAUCACACCUCGAUUGUCCUGGACGGUAUUGAAUAUUUCUACGGCGCAGGAGUGCAAUCUACCUACGCUGGCACCACGCACCAUGGACAACCGAUGGAAAGGAUCAAUCUUGGACGGACGGACUUGCCGAUGGAAAUCAUCCUAGAGUACCUCGAGUCGCUGAAGCAGAUCUAUACCGCGGAGGCCUAUGACCUCUUUCUGCACAACUGCAAUAACUUCUCCAACGACUUCGCCAUGUUCCUGGUAGGCAAGGGCAUACCGGAGCGGAUCACUUCACUGCCGCAAACCGUGAUGAAUACACCGUUCGGGCAGAUGCUGAAGCCCCAACUGGACGCAGCAAUGCGACCAAUCACCCAAGCACCUGUCGCGUCCCCGCAGCAAGCACGACCCGCUCCGUCGACAGCGAAGCCAAGCGCUGGCAAGGUGCACAACGUCACGAGUCCGUCAGAUGUGCAAAGGCUUCUAGAUUCUGCCUCCAGAUCCUGCGCGGUCAUCUUUUUCACCAGUUCGACCUGCGCCCCGUGCAAGAUUUGCUAUCCCGUCUACGACGAGCUGGCCGAAGAAGCCGGCUCAAGGGCCACCUUGAUCAAGGUGGACAUCAACUUCGCUCAAGCCAUAGCGUCGCAGUACAACGUACGCGCCACGCCUACGUUUGUGACGUUUCUGAAGGGCAAAAAGGAAGACGAAUGGGCCGGAGCCGAUCCGAACAGGCUGAGGAGCGCCGUACGGCUGUUGAUCGGCUCAGCAUUCCCGCCGCACCCGCAUCGCGACCUGAGACUACCCAAGCUCUUGAGCACAAGUCUAAGAUCGAUCACGUACACGAAGGUUCCACCCCUUGACAAGGUUAUCGCCAAGCUCGGGCCGCUGGGCAACGAGGCGAUCGUCAGCGACAUAAAGAGGUUCAUCGAAGCCACACAUGGCAAAGCCGUCGCACAAGAGGGCCCCUUGCCCUCUUUGCCAGCAUUCUCGUCCUUCCUGGAGCAAUGCCUGAGGGCGCUUCCUGAUGCAGACCUUUUCGCAGCUUACGAUCUCUUCAGACUCGUCGUGGCGGACGUCAGAGUCGGCGCCUUUUACUCGGAGGAGAAGGAGAACCUUACCGUGCUGCGCUUGCUGAAGCACGUCAACACGCUGGGCGAGACGGCUCCGUACAAUCUACGCAUCGUCUCGCUCCACGUCGCGUGCAACCUUUUCGCGUCGCCUUUGGCCAGCCACGUCGUGCUUUCCAGGCCUUCGGUGGUCAAAGAGCUGAUCGCCUUGGUCACCUCCAGCUUGCUGGACGAAGGCCAUUCAAACGUUCGCAUCGCCGCGGCAAGCCUGGCCUUCAACAUAUCCGCCACCAAUCACAGGUCAAGGAUGGAGAAGGAAACCGACCUGCUGGGCGACGACGACCAGGUCGAGCUCGUGGCCAGUGUUCUCGAGGCGCUCAAGCGGGAGGAGGAGAGCAAAGAGGCAGUCAAAGGCCUCACUCUCGCCGUUGGGCUCCUCGCGUACUGUGCGCCUCGGGACGGUGAGGUGUUGGACUUGUGCCGCGCAAUGGACGCUGGGUCGACGGUCGAGAGGAAGCUGGUUCUCAAUAACAACGACGCAACGUUGAAGGAAAUUUCUAGCGAGCUCCUUGGCAAGGGUUUACAAUAGACUCGUAUUGUGGGUGGCGGGAGCGGUCGCUGACAAUAGGGCGUCUUGACGAUUGAGGUAUGCUGGCUGCGUCCGAAGUGAAGCCGAUAUCUAUGUGAAUCCUCACUGAGUCGGCUCACUUGGAGCUGCAAAACACGUCGAACGGAGACCAGCCCCCCCGGUUUCAAUUGUAGACUUUACAUAUAGACUCCUCUGUAGAAUCUCUUGUUCACGAUACAAAUAUAUAUCCCUUUGCG